AUGAAUGUUUUAGCAGUACUGUGGACGGUAUGUUUGGUAAGGUUGUGCAGUACGAGUUGUUGUGGAGGAGGAGAUACUACUGACGAUAAUGGGCCAGGUGUCCUUGAUCUUGCUAAUCCAGAUAAAUCACUAUUUAGCACGCUGAAUGGGAGAUUGGGAACACUUUAUCUCCACAAAUCUGGUAAAGAAAUAACCGAAGUUUUUUACGGUAGGAGUAGAUUAUGGAAAGCUGAAGAUGGACAAGGGUGUAAAUGGGUUGAAGUAGCCAUUGAUAGUAAGGGAAAUGGAAUGGCACAUAUUUAUCUAAAAAACCAGGGAUACACAGAAAUUCCCUUUAAGGCUGUUUUAAAUAACACUGGAAGUAGUUCUACAUCGAAUCAAUCAGGUGAUAAUACAGCUAAAGAAUCUUCACAUUCUUCUACUACUACUCCAUCUCAAUCUUCUCAGUAG